UUACGAAGAAUAAAAAGAAGAAGACGCAGAAGAAGACGAAGAAGAAGACAUAAUAAUAGUUUGGAAGUUCAGAAGUUUGUCAACGGAGAAACGAUACUUCUCAAAUAGCACAGCAUGAGCGAAAUAAAAGAAGUCAGUUUCGAUCCAAAAGAGCACCAGCACCUGCGCUACAACCCCCUGCGACAUACCUGGGUCCUUGUGUCUGCUCACCGCAUGAAAAGACCCUGGGCAGGCCAGAUUGAGAAAUCUUCUGAGAAACACAUACUCAGAUACGACUCUAACAACCCCCUCUGCCCCACGAAUACACGAGCAAGUGGGGAGGUAAAUCCAGACUAUGACAGCACUUUUAUAUUUGAAAAUGACUUCCCUGCUCUUCAGCCAGAUGCUCCAGAUCCUGAUUUUGAUCAGGAUCCAUUGUUCCAGUGUAAACCAGCCAGGGGUGUCUGUAAGGUCAUGUGUUUCCAUCCAUGGUCUGACAUUACCCUUCCUCUCAUGAAAACGCAUGAGGUUGUCAAGGUGAUUGACAAGUGGGCUCAGCUUGUAGAAGAGCUAGGCAGCUUGUACCCUUGGGUUCAGAUCUUUGAGAACAAAGGAGCUAUGAUGGGUUGUUCAAAUCCACAUCCUCACUGUCAGGUGUGGGCCAGCAACUUCCUGCCAAAUGAGCCAGCUCUUUCAGAUCGCUGUCAGAGAGCUUACUAUCAGAAACACGGAAAGCCACUUUUGUUGCAAUAUGCAACACAGGAGGCUGAGAAAAAGGAGCGGUUAGUGGUGGAGAAUUCUGAUUGGCUGGCAGUAGUACCAUACUGGGCAACAUGGCCCUACCAGACACUGUUAUUACCACGACGCCAUGUCCUGAGAAUAAAUGAACUGACAAAAGGGGAGAGAGAGGGUCUGGCUGACAUAAUGAAGAAACUGCUGACCAAAUAUGAUAACCUGUUUGAUAUGGCUUUCCCCUACUCCAUGGGCUGGCAUGGAGCCCCCACUGGAACCUAUCUAUCAGAGGACAAUACUCACUGGCAGCUGCAUGCUCACUAUUACCCUCCUCUGUUGCGCUCAGCAACAGUAAAGAAGUUUAUGGUGGGUUAUGAGAUGCUUGCCCAGGAGCAAAGGGACCUCACUCCCGAACAGGCUGCUGAGAAUCUGAGAAACCUCCCUGAAGUACACUAUAAAACCAGGGAGAACGAGGAAAAAGGAGGAGGAAAGGAGAGCUAAGAUGGGGAAGAUGGGGAAAAGUAAAGUGAAACAAUCUGUUGAGGAAAAAAUACAGCUUUAUUGAAACUGCAGUAUACUUUUUAAAAUAAGUUUAAAGUUGAUCUUUAUCUUAUUGAGGUAAAUCUAAGUUAAUUGGACAAUUUUAAAUUUUUCCUGUAAUAUCCAUAACCUGUGCAACAUGUUAAAGUCCCAUGGUAAUACUGGUCUAAUACUGGACUUUGAGACACAACCUCUAUUGACAUUACUUUUGUUUUUUGUUUUUGUCUUAGCUAAACUUAGUUAAUAAACCCUAAAAUUUUGUCUGCCACAAACACAAUGUUUCUUCAUUUAAAGAAAUGAUUUCACAUGGGAAAUAGUUAUUUAAUCAGUUAAUUGUUUAUCAGCUGUCAUCUUCAUGUCUAAGAAGUAAUUCUUAACUGUACAAAAUGCAUAACCUGAUGUCUUGUCUCCUGUUCAACAUAAAUCACAACCAAGUUAUA